AUGUUUGUAAUUAGGACACCCACAAAAGCCCCCAAGAGGGCUCAAAGCACAAGCCCCGACUCGAACAGGGAAGUGACCGCCGAGCUAAACGUGACUUAUGAAGCGAAACCUUCAACCCCACCGACGGAAGCCUAUGUGAUCGCUUUAAAUAGCAACAUAGAAACGGCCGAUCCGAUAGACAUCACUGGAUUUACGACGGAGGUGCCUGCUGAGACAGGAACAAAGCCUCAACCAAUUCGACUCAAAUUUAUGACUACACAGAGUCGCGCCGCACCAGCAAAGAAGAAGUUGACAAAAGCGCACUCUUCGCAAUCGAACUCAGGGUUAACAGAAGUGGCAUCAGCGGAUAGAGAGAAGACCUCAAAGUCUCAGGAAACUUUAAAUAAUCCAAUGGAACAAACAAAGAUCAUAGAAAGAAUUCUAGCUGAAACUAAAUACCAUGUGGACAACAUUCGUACUAACCUAAAUCAAUCUGGAAAUAUAAAAAGCACAAUAAAGGAGGAAAUACAAAAAAGUACUAAAGGUCUAUAUAACAUGGUGCUGCAGAGCAUUAAGAUCAAUACAGGAGAAGCAGUAGACUACAAUUUGGAAAUAGAUAUGCAAAAACCAGAAUCGAACGAACACAAACUUAACGAAUUAUUAGAAUAUAUUAAAACACAGACCACCACAUUGGAAAGAACACAACAGGAAAUUUUGAGCCUGAGAGGAGAAAUGAAAGAGCUUAAGACUAGAAAGACCGACGAAACAAGUAACAAAAUACAAGAACCAAAAUCGCAAAGAAUAGAACAAACUGGGGAAGAUCUUCGUAGAGAAUUGAAGGAACAUAGCGAACUUUUAAGAAACAGCUUUACUAGAAUUGAAAUGUUAAGUGACAAGAUUGAUAACCACCAGAAAGUGCUUGAAGGCACUACGUACGCGAGUGUGGCAGCGGGUAACCCUGACAACAAAAUGACAAAACAUGUCAUGUUCACAGCUUCUCAAGGAGAUGCGAUUACAGUUUUAAAAUGUCCUAGUACAUUAAACGAAAAAUUAAAAAGUCGAAAUAAAAUAUUAGCAAAAACCUACGCCGUUAACAACUUAAAGGAGAAAAAUGUUGAAUACAAGAGUGACAUAUCUGUCAGUAGUGAGAUAAUGCCAGUUAAAGUAAAUAAACAAAUAAUUUCACAAAAGCCAAUGAUCAAAAGAACUUUUAAAAAAAAUAAGAAAACAAGAAGCCUCAAAAGAAUAGAGAUUCGCACUGGGCAUAAAGUAAAACCAAGAUGUGUCGGCCCUUAUGAAAUAAUCAAAUUAAAAGAUAAUAAUCAAUAUGAUACACAAAAUAUAGACGCUAACAUAUAUAGAUCGAUUGUGGAGGCUUCAACAGCGUCUCUUCAAAUAAAAAAG